GCGCGCGGACUCGCCUGGGGGAGGGGCCACAGUCACCCGUCCUUCGCCCCAGGCGGCCGCUGCCGCAGCUCAGUGGCGUCCGCCGCGCUCCCGGGACUCGCCGGCCCGCGGGAGAAAUGUUGCUGAAGUGCUGCCGAAAGGGCCAAAGAUGCAAGGAUUUGGGACACAUUUUGAACCUUUAAGCUGUCUGACAUUGACCUCCUUUCAUUAUUAAUAAAGAAGAAGCAGGAGCUUAGGAUGUAUUAACACCAACUCAUUAAUAUACUAACUGGACAAUGUUCUGCAACAAUUCUACAUUGUAAAGAACUGGAUUGGCUGAAAAUAAAAUAAUUUCAUAUUUUACUCAGCUUAUAAUAUGACUCGAUGGAGGAAAAUUUGAUAAGCAUGAGGGAAGACCAUUCUUUUCAUGUUCGUUACAGAAUGGAAGCUUCUUGCCUAGAACUGGCCUUGGAAGGGGAACGUCUGUGUAAGUCAGGAGACUGCCGUGCUGGUGUGUCCUUCUUUGAAGCUGCAGUUCAAGUUGGAACUGAAGACCUAAAAACACUUAGUGCUAUUUACAGCCAGCUGGGCAAUGCUUAUUUCUAUUUGCAUGAUUAUGCCAAAGCAUUAGAAUACCAUCAUCAUGAUUUAACUCUAGCAAGGACUAUUGGAGAUCAGCUGGGGGAAGCCAAAGCUAGCGGUAAUCUGGGAAACACCUUAAAAGUUCUUGGGAAUUUUGAUGAAGCUGUAGUUUGUUGUCAGCGACACCUAGAUAUUUCCAGAGAGCUUAAUGACAAGGUGGGAGAAGCAAGAGCACUUUACAAUCUUGGAAAUGUGUAUCAUGCCAAAGGGAAAAGUUUUGCCUGCCCUGGUCCUCAAGACAUGGGAGAAUUUCCAGAAGACGUGAGAAAUGCUCUGCAGGCAGCUGUGGAUUAUUAUGAGGAAAACUUAUCACUAGUGACUGCUUUGGGUGACCGAGCAGCCCAAGGACGUGCCUUUGGAAAUCUUGGAAACACACAUUACCUCCUUGGCAACUUCAGGGAUGCGGUUAUAGCCCAUGAACAGCGUCUCCUUAUUGCAAAAGAAUUUGGAGAUAAAGCAGCUGAAAGAAGAGCAUAUAGCAACCUUGGAAAUGCAUAUAUAUUUCUUGGUGAAUUUGAAACUGCCUCUGAAUACUACAAAAAGACACUACUAUUGGCUCGACAGCUUAAAGACAGAGCUGUAGAAGCACAGUCUUGCUAUAGUCUCGGAAACACAUACACUUUGCUUCAAGACUAUGAAAAGGCCAUCGAUUAUCAUCUGAAGCACUUAGCAAUUGCUCAAGAGCUAAAUGAUAGAAUUGGUGAAGGAAGAGCAUGUUGGAGCUUAGGAAAUGCAUACACAGCUCUAGGGAAUCAUGAUCAAGCAAUGCAUUUUGCUGAAAAGCACUUGGAAAUUUCAAGAGAGGUUGGGGAUAGAAGUGGUGAACUAACAGCACGACUGAAUCUCUCAGAUCUUCAAAUGGUUCUUGGUCUGAGCUACAGCACAAAUAAUUCAAUAAUGUCUGAAAAUAUUGAAAUUGAUAACAAUUUGCAUGGUGCACGCCCGAAGUUUGGACGCCGACACAGUAUGGAAAACAUGGAACUUAUGAAGUUAACACCAGAAAAGGUACAGAACUGGAACAGUGAAAUUCUUGCUAAACAAAAACCUCUUAUUGCCAAACCUUCUGCGAAGCUGCUCUUUGUCAACAGAUUGAAGGGGAAAAAAUGCAAAACUAAUUCCUCCACUAAAGUUCUCCAAGAUGCCAGUAAUUCCAUUGAUAAUCGAAUUCCAAAUUCUGAGAGGAAAAUCGGUGCAGAUAUUAUUGGAGACGAAGGGUUCUUUGACCUGGUAAGCCGAUUUCAGAGCAAUCGGAUGGAUGAUCAGAGGUGCUGCUUACAAGAACAGAGCUGCGGGACUGCUUCAGCUGCGGCUUCUUCCACUCCACCUCGAGUGAUGAUGAAAGCACCGUCUGUUUCCGUGGUGUCCCCCAACACAGAUGAGUUUUUAGACCUUCUUGCCAGCUCACAGAGCCGUCGUCUCGAUGACCAAAGGGCCAGUUUCAGUAAUUUGCCAGGGCUUCGUCUGACACAAAACAACAAUAAGUCCGUACUUGGCCACUUGAUGACUAAUGACAACAAAGAGCCUGAUGAAGACUUCUUUGACAUCCUUGUAAAAUGUCAAGGGUCCAGAUUAGAUGAUCAAAGAUGUGCUCCACCACCUGCCACCACAAAGGGACCAACAGUACCAGACGAGGACUUUUUUAGCCUGAUUUUACGUUCUCAGGCGAAAAGAAUGGAUGAACAGAGAGUUCUUUUACAAAGAGAUCAAAACAGAGACGCUGAAUUUGGGCUGAAAGACAUUUUGCAAAGUAAUGCUUUGUUGGAAUUUAAAAAUACAGGAAAAAAAUAAACCACUAGUUAUUACGGAUAUUUUUUUUUUAAACGACCUUAUUUCCUUUCAGAACACUGCAGGGAAACUCAUUUUUUCCUUAAAAGGAGAAAUUAUAGCACUGUAAUACAGCUUAAAAUGUUUUUAGAAUGAUGUAAAUAUUUAACCUUUAAUAGUAUAGCAUUAAUUCACAUUUCUCUGGACACUCACUUGUUUCAGGGUGGAGGUGUCUUAUACAAGGUGCUUCAUCAACUUUUUUGAAUAAUGCUUGGGAUUGUGUUCUUUGGCAACUUUUUAGAUUCCUUUCCGUAGUGUUUGUAAAGUGAUAAUUUUUUUAACUUUUAAUUGAUGAUGGCAUUUUUUAAAUACUGAACCGUGGAUAUAGUAAGAAAUUAGGCUGUUUAGUAAACAAUAAUAUACUUGAUCAAUGUGUAAAAAAGUUAUAUAGUCUUUAUUAAAAGAAUCUAGAUCUUUUUUCUGCUAAAAAUCCUAUUUUCAGUAUGUUAUUAGUUCAAACCCAUUAUAAAAACAACUCUAAGAAAUAAACUUUUAGCAUGUUCUGGA